AUGGCGGAAGAACAAGCAGCUCACCAUCUACUAAACGUGCUAGAAGAGAGAGGGCUCAAUGUUGACCUGGACAAGAUACUUCUAGGCUUCGAAAAUGAAGAUACAAAGCAGCAAGCCGCAGCGUGGGUAGAAGAGUAUUUGCAUGAGGAGACGCUAUUGACGACAGAAGAGCUAGAGCUAUAUCAGACGCUGAAGAAGAAAGGGCUGCUGCACCAAUAUGAAAGCGAGGGCGAGCCCAUUCGUCCCAUCCUAGAUGAUGAGAUUGCAUCAGCAAUUGAAUCUUUGCAGAGCUCGACAGCGGUUAUUGAGGAGCAGUGCAAAGUCCUGGAGGCACAGAAAAGCGCCUUGAUGAAGCUAAAAGCUCUUGACAAGCCGAAUUUGGAAGUCGAGCAUGCGAGGAAUGAGAGGAGAAGGAAAGAAGGUCAGGAGAAGGCUAGAUUGGAUGUUGCGGUUGACGAUGUCUCAACCUCUCUUACCGACCAGUUGACCGAGACACAAAAGGAGAUAGACACCGAGAAGUCUGCACUUAGGAGCUACUUGGCCGAACGACUUAGCUCAGACGACCAAAUCCUGGGUCGACUACCAGGCAUUGUCUCCCAGAUUGUGACGGAGGUUGAGGUGAGCGAGGAUGAGAAGUCGAUUGAGCAAUGGUGCAAGGCUAUCAUUUCCUUCCGCACAGCAGAGAUCAAGGCUCGGGUUGACACUGUCUAUCUGAACACCUUGUCUGAACAUUCGCCCAAUCUUGAUUCGGAUGUAUCAGAACAGGAGUUGACGGAGCGAAAAGUAGCGCUGCAAGCGGAGAUGGAAGAGCUGCAUAGCGAGAUUGCUUCCGUGGCCGAGAUGGUGGUUGAGCACGACAUAAGGAAGCCAAUGAACGAGAUGAAGGACCGCAAGGACCGAGAGAACAAGCAGGCGCGAAGUGCUUGGCUCAACUAUGUUCUGUCAACACUCAACUACAUGGGCAGACGCCUUGACACCAUUACUACUAGCACCAAAAACAUCGACGAGCUCCAGCAGGUGCUCGCACAUAUCGAUGGAGCUGCAACUAAGCGCAUGCCCGAUACACAUGCAGUGACGUCGACCACCAAAAGGAGAAGUACAACAUCCGGCUCUUCCGCAUUUACGCCUAUGGUAAAGCUCAAGCCCACCAAUACUCUCGAUCUGCCUGCUGCGCUUCAGGAUGCACUUCGUCGAACGGGCAUCUCGUUCAACCAAGACAGCAUUGAAGCCCUGCAAGACGCGUUGGCCAAAGCGCAACUCGAGCGAGCCAGCAAGCUACAUGAUCACUACGAGUCCAUUUCACUCUCAACACACGACACGCUAGCUGAGCGAUCAAGUAAAGCAGACGGCGACUCGAAGGUCGUCUUGAACGCGUUGUACAAGCACACGCCGUUCCAGCAGGUCAGCCUAACCAAGUCAAAGUUGGACGAUCAGUUGAAGGCUAUGGAGCGGGAACUAGAGGAGAAGGAUCGUGAGCUAUUAGAAGCUGAGGGCAACGACCUGAGCUUGAGCGAUCCGAAGGUCAGAGCUUUCAUCGCAAGAUAUGGAAAGUAG